GUUUGCGCAUAUUUUUACUCCAAGAUGGUUGCACUGUGGUUGCUGUUGUUAACUGCGCUGUUGGCCAAGUCGUUGGCUGUUGACUUUGACUAUAAACUGCCCAGAGCCGUGCUCGAACGUUUGAAUAGUUCCAGCGCCCAAUUUGAUGCCUGGACUCGGGAACUGAGUGCGAGUCUCAGUGCGGAGCAUCAGCGGCGCGUGGCUUGGAAUGUGCCAUUCAUGAGGACACCUCGAACUCAACUUGAAUUGCGUCGACUGCAGCAGAAACUUAAUCCCAGCAAUCCUCUAAAGCUACGCCUGUGGAUCAGCUACUAUUGGCAGCUGCGACGCUCUCAGCUGCUGAACAGUGACAACAUGUUGCUAGCGCACUUUGUGCUGACACUGAGGCAAUUGCUCCUAGGUGAUUCAGCGCAACUAGAGAACAAUCAGUUGCAGAAUAUGUUGCAGAGUUUGCCGCCCUUUCUAGCCACAUUGGUGAGAAGCCGUUGGCUGUGCGUGAAGCACAUAGGGCAACAGUUGUUCCUGCAGCCGGGAGAUGCAUUGCAGCUGGGAGUCAGCAGCAACUGCAGUAUGUGGCAAGUGCAACAACACGCGGAACAUUGGCUGCGCCUGCAGAAUGCUUGCGAGCAACACUCGAUGUGGUUCAUCAACAUGCUGCACACACACCUACAGACCAGGACUUACAUGUUGCUGACGUCAGCCAGCGACAAUGCGAGUCGAUUUUGCGUGGGACAACAAGGAGUUGGUUACUUGGAAGCGUGCGGAUGGCUGGCAAAAAGGAUUGCCAAUGGCGGCUAAAUGAUUGCACUCAGUUGCCGCAGUUUCUCAACUUAGUAGAUAAUGGAUUUGCCUAGAAAUAUAUAUGUGGAA